AUGUCUUUCCCCUUCUCAGAGCCGCGGGGUCGUCUGGCCCCCAGCUCCGAUGAGCGGCCUAGGACUCUGCCCUCCCGACCCUGCGAAGCCACGGCCCCAGGAUGCACUGGGAGGGAGCCGGAGCCCCAGCCACUAGGAGCCUGCUGUGGCCCCACUGUUCCGGCCAGCACGACCUGCUGCGGGCAUCGGGGACCGUGCCGAGGCCGCCAGCAGAAGGUGGGGGCGCCGGGAGGCCUAGCCUCCGGGAGUCUGACCAGGGUCCUAGCAGGACGCAGGGGUCAGGAGCAAAGCAGGCUGCUCCGAGAUUCUGUGGGCGACUGGACAGCAGGAGAGGAGACACCCGAACGCAGGGAGGUCCUGAGAGCGGCUGCGCGGCUGGGCGGGGGCGGGAAUGGUCCUACCUUACCUGUUGCUUUUCUACCCACAGGCCAGUGGGAGGUGAUUGGACCAUGCAAGCCUGUCCAGGCCUUGGUGGGUGAGGAUGCGAUGUUCUCCUGCUUCCUCUCUCCUGAGAUGAGCGCAGAGGCGAUGGAGGUGCAGUUCUUCAGGAAUCAGUUCUCUGCCAUGGUCCAUAUCUACAAGAAUGGGAAAGACCAGACAUAUAUGCAUCAUGGGAGAAUGAAGGACUUAAUUGCAGAGGAGCAUGUCUUCCUGAAGCUGAAAGACAUCACUCCCUUGGACGCUGACAUGUAUGGGUGCUGGUUCAGUUCCCAGACUUAUUAUCAGACGGCCACCUGGGAGCUGCAAGUGUCAGCUUUGGGCUCAAUUCUUCUCAUUUCUAUCAUGUGAUAUGUUGAUGGAGGAAUCUGCUAGUCCUCAGGCUGGUUCCCCCAGUCCACAGUGAAGUGGAAAGGGCCACAGGGACAAGAUUUGCCCUCAGACUCCAAAGUGAAUGCGGACAGGCAUGGCAUGUUUGAUGUGGAGACUUCCUUUACAAUAAAAUAAAAUGCUGGAAAUAUAUCAUGUUCCAUUCAGCACGCUGAUCAGAGUUGAGAAACGCAGUCCAGUCUAUGGAUAGCAGGUGGCCACCACUGCUGGCAGGAGAUGGAGAAUUUCCCAGUCUCCCUGGACUCUUGGUAUCGAGUACCUCUGCCUAGCAGUCUCUUCUUCCUCAUCCACCUCCUUCUCUUCCCACCUGGGAAGCUGAGUUCAGAGGAAGUCAAGGUGGUAGGCCCUGGGGAAUCCAUCCUGGCCCACAUCGGGGAAGAGAUAGAGUUCUCGUGUCACCUGUGGCCAGACCUGGACGCCGAGCACAUGGAGAUCCUCUGGUUCCGGAGCCAGACCUCUGACGUGGUCCACCUGUACCAGACGGGGCAGGAGCUCUCAGGCCAGCAGAUGGUGGAGUUCCGGAACAGGACCAAACUUAUCAAGGAUGGGAUUAGAGAUGGCCACGUGAUCCUGCUGCUCCACAGCAUCGUCCCCUCUGAUGAGGGCCCCUAUGGAUGCCGCUUCCGCUCCAGUGAUUUCACUGCCGAAGCUCUCUGGGAGCUGGAGGUAGCAGGGAUGGGCUCGGACCCUCACAUCUCCCUUGAGGGCUUCAAGGAAGGAGGCAUUCACCUGAGGUGCAGCUCCAGUGGCUGGUACCCCAAGCCCAUGGCUCAAUGGAAAGGCCAUCAGGGACAGUGCCUGCCUCCUGAGUCUGAAGCCAUCAUACAGGAUGCUCGGGGCCUGUUCAGUCUGGAAACAUCCGUGCUCCUUCAAGGGGGAGCCCAGAGCAACGUGUCCUGCUCCAUCCAGAACACCCUCCUGGUCCAGAAGAAAGAGUUUGUGGUCCAGAUAGCAGACGUUUUUUUACCCAGAACCUCCUCCUGGAAGGGAGCUUUCCUUGGGACUCUGGCAGGACUGUCGCUGCUCAUGGCUCUCCUCAUGAUACUGGCGUUGUACUUCUUUCAAAAGCAACGGAGAAACCAAGAGAAGCUAAAGAAGCUGGCAGAGAAGGAAAAAGAGAAACUCACAGCAGAGCUGGGUAAGUUCUGGGUGGAGUUAAACUGGAGAAGGGCAGAAGGCCAGGCUGAAUGGACAGCAGCCCAAAGAUAUGCAGUGGACGUGACCCUGGAUCCAGCCUCGGCGCACCCCAGCCUGGUGGUCUCCGAGGAUGGCAAGAGCGUGUCCUCCCGCGAGGUGGCGCUGGGCCCGGCCGCGGGUGACCCGCAGCGGUUUGCUGAGCAGACGUGCGUGCUGAGCUGCGAGCGCUUCUCCACGGGCCGACACUACUGGGAGGUGCACGUGGGCCGCCGAAGCCGCUGGUUCCUCGGCGCGUGCCUGGCAACGGUGCCCCGCGCGGAGCCGGCGCGCCUGAGCCCAGCCUCCGGCUACUGGGUGAUGGGGCUGUGGAACGGCUGCGAGUACUUCGUGUUAGACCCGCACCGCGUCGCGCUCACUCUGCGCUUGCCCCCGCGGCGCGUGGGCGUCUUCCUGGACUUCGAGGCGGGAAAGUUGUCCUUCUUCAACGUGUCCGACGGCUCCCACAUCUUCACCUUCACCGACACCUUCUCAGGGCCGCUCUGCGCGUAUUUCAGGCCCAGAGCCCACGAUGGCGGCGAACACCCGGAUCCCCUGACCAUCUGCCCGUUGCCCGUUAGAGGGACAUGCAUCGUUGAAGAGGACGUCAGUGACACCUGGAUACAGCCUUAUGAGCCCUCGGACCCCGCCCUGGGCCUGUGGUGA